AUGACCCUGUACUGGAGAGAAUCUGGGCGCUGGUGGUCUCUAUCUGCAUCACAGCUUUCUCCUUUCACUCCCCCGCACACAGAGAGCGCCUCGGCCUCCCACUCGCUGGUCUACACCUCCACAGCAGUGUCGGAAGCGGGGCUCCUCUCCCAGCUCUUGAUCUCCAGGGUGCUGGACCAGCAGACGGUCUCUCACUGGGACAGCACCUCCCAGAGAGAGACUCGCACCCGCCACUGGCCCAGCGGAGCUGCUGGCCUCGAAGACAUCGACUAUGAGCUCGAGGAGACAGAGAACAGGGAGAGGCUGCAGGGAAUCCUGAGGAAGAGGAGCAACAUGGGGAAAGAUGUGCUCCAGAGGUGUCGAGGCUGUAGACUGGAGGAUGAUGGGAGUGUGGCUCUGUUUGAUCACUAUGGCUUCAAUGGAAAAUACUUCCUGUCCUUUGAGGUGGACAAUAUGAUCUGGAGAGCAAGUUCCCUACAGGCAAAGGACACUCAGAGGGACUGGAACCAGAACAGGGUUAAAAACCAGUAUACAAGAUUCUUCCUGGAGAUUGACUGUAUGGAAACACUGAAGAGAUUCCUGGAGUUCAGAGAAAUAGACAAGAACCACACAGGACUCUGCAGUGCUGGAGAUGGGACGUCCCAGUGGCACAAGAUAGCACUGGCCUCUGGGAUCACUGUCCUGGCUGCGUGCCUGCUGUCCAUGAUAGGAUACGGACUGAACAAGCGAAAACAGGAAGAAGACCAGUAUGCGAAUGCAGGCUUCGUCACUGCUCGAAGAUAACUAGUUCUCUGGCUGAGCUCUGAGGUCAGACCUGUACUCAGUGGGCUGUGCUCUCUCUGCUCUGCACCCUCAAAUGGACCCACGAACUCGAACUCAACAAAAGCAGCAGCACUGAUCACCUCUCAAUUUGAAACAUACUGUACUGUGUAUAGAAUAUUUGUCCAUGUAUACAAUGUGCAUAAAACCCCAAUAUAAAUAAAUAUAAGAACUGUGCCACCUGA